UGGAGAUAUUUGCCUCAGAAUAUCUUUUCAGCUUUGGAAGAUCAACAAAUCAACAACCCUUAUUUUGAGUCAAUGAGAGUACAUUCUCCAAUCUAGAAGAAUUAACAUUGGAGCGGAAUCGUAUUAUGAAAAAGAUAUGGGAUGGACAACUUAGAGCAGAAUGUGACGAAGUGAAAAAAUGCAUUGUUCUUGCCCGAUUGAAGUAUUUGAAACUAAGCUAUCUACCAACUCUGGCUAGCUUCUGCUUAGGGGAUCAAAUCUUUGAAUUCCCUGCCCUAGAGAAAAUGAUUGUGACAAUUGUCCAAAGAUGAAGAUUUUUUGCCAAGGAGAUUUAAGCACACCACAACUGCAAGAAGUAAUAUCCAUAAACUUUGAAGGUAAAGAAAUAGGGUGGUGGGAAGGCGAUCUUAAAACUACUAUAAAAUGGAUGUUUGAAGAAAUGGUUGGAUACUGCAAUUUAAGACUCUCUGAUACUUUUGAGUUGAUGGAGAUAUGGACAAACAAUCCUCAAAGAAUUCUACCCUUCAAAUAUCUUGAAUUUUUAGAAGUUUAUGAUUGUAGCACCUUGAGGUACCUUUUUACACUUUCCAUGGCUUUGGGCCUACCACAACUUCGUGCGCUGAACGUAAAAAAUUGCAUUGUGAUGGAACAUAUCAUCAUAGAGGAAGAACCAGAUGAACAAGUAGCAAAUAUGACUGUGUUCCCUCUGCUAUGGUCUGUAACUCUUGAAUCUUGCGCAGACUUGGCAAGUUUCUAUCAAGGAAGUAAAUUACUGGAAUUUCCAUCCUUGGGAAUACUUAAAGUGGUUGGUUGUCCCCGAAUGCUUGCAUUUGCAUCUGCAUUUUCAAGAGAGCAAAGAACAGAAAUGAUUGAUGAUAUUGACGGAGGAAAUACAACAAGGCUUUUCAAGGGAAUUACCGAUAGUGUCUUUUUCGAUAAUGUGGUGGCAUUCCCUCGUUUAUAUUCUUUACGAGUCGAAGGCAUGGGGAAAUGGAGGAAAAUAUGGGAUGAUAAUGUCACUGUGAAUUCAUUUUGUGAAUUGGAAUUCCUCUAG